AUGCCGAGGGCAGCGAUGCGCGGCGCCGCUCUCAGCUGCCUGCAGCUCCUGCUGCUCCUCUCGGCCGUGGAUUCCCGGCCCCACACGUGGGACCAGGACAGGUUCCAGCUGGAAGCCGUCAAAAAGGAGAUCCUGGAGCGGCUGGGAAUGCCAGCUCCCCCCGUCAUCCGCCGCCAGCUGGACCAGGAGAGCAUCCAGAGAGCGCAGCGGCUCUACCAGCGCAAAGUGGCGGAGCUGGCGGGGAACCGGAGCCGGGAGGAGGAGGAGGAAGAGGAGGAAGCCGUGUCCAGGAGCCGGCGGCUGCACCGCCUGACCCCCACCUUGUUGCGCUGGCUGGACAUCCCCGAGGGACAUGAGGACUCUCAAGGCCACCGGGACCCCCAGGGACACCGGGAGCCCCUCGGUCCCUACCGCUACCACCUCCUGCUGUCCCGCACCGCGGAUUUCCACCGGCAGCUCCGCGUGGUGCGGGCGGAGCUGAAACUCCUCAAGCAGCCGCUGUCCCCUCCCGGCGCCUCGGUGCCACCGCGGGUCACCAUCUACACCCUGCAGGGGGCUGAGGGGACCCCCCAGCUCCUGCACAGCCAGGAGCUGCACUGGGAUUCCCGCAGCCUGGACCUGACAGGAGCCAUCCAGCCCUGGGUGGCGGGGCCCGAGGGCACGCUGCGCCUGGAGCUGGAUUUCAACACCGACAUCUCGGCUGCCCUGGCCACCUCCGGGGGGGAAACGCUGCUGCUGGAGGUGGAAAGCCUGGAGAAGGCACCUCGGGCUGUCAGGAGAGCUCGGGGGCUGGAGGAGGAGUGCGGGAAGAGCGACGGGAAGUGCUGCCUGAAGUCGCUGAAGGUCUCCUUCCAGGACAUCGGCUGGUCGGACUGGGUGAUCGCCCCCAACAGCUACUACAUGAGGUUCUGCGAGGGUUCCUGCCCCCACAACUACAAACCGGCCAGCAUGCACGCCCAGAUCAAAUCCAGAGUGCACUCCCUGUCCAAGGCUGCCCCCCCGCCCUGCUGCGUCCCCGCUGGCUACGACCCCAUGGUGCUGAUGCACCUGGACAGCGAGGGCAGGCUGGUGUCCAGCCUCUUCGAGGACAUGCUGGUCACCAGGUGCCACUGUGCCUGACAGCUCCAGCUUUGCCCAUCCAGGUGGGGAAAAGCCAUCCUGACUCCUGGCAGAUCCAGCAUCUCAAAAUCCAGAUCCGGUGGCGUCGAGU